GCCAGCAGCGCAGCCGCACGCACGUAUCCUAGGUUACCGUCCACCACUCCAGACGCAGCUCACCACAGGACUGGAGGCACACCACACACCCACGCCUCCGGACAGCAGCAGAGUUAACAGUGAGAAGAAGGAUGGUGUACCACCGCGGCUACUCCUGACUGCACGAUGGGACGUCGCCGCAAGGACAAGCCACGUCUCAUACCCGAGCAAGACCGACGGAUCUGCGGCUCCAUCUGUCUCUGCCAGCUGACCAUCGUGCUGAGUUGUGUGUCUCUGGUCUAUCUGACUGUCGCCGUCUACAUGCCCAGUCACAAAGCCUUCAACUCGGGCAUCGAGCCUCGGCCUGUCAUGUGCCAAGCCGUCAACACCAGUCUGGUCAAUAACUGUGACUGGGCCUCGUGCGGCGAGUGGUGCCUUACCAAGACCUCGGGCUUCUGUCCGCAGAUACAUGUCACUACCCGUCAGAACGGCACUAACAUUUCGGUCGAGAACUGCACCAGACUGACCUCUGUCGCUUGUCCUCCGGCUAACCCUGGCGUGCUCCACAAGUACAACUGUAAUGAGGACAAGGUGUGUGGUGCCCUCACCGGAGUGUUCAACUGUUCUCUCGGCCACUGCGCCAACAUGUCGGAACUAUUUCUGUGUCACUAUAAGGCUGACGGCAUCAUCGUCGACAGCGACAAAGACAAUCUCAAGCUCAACGGGUUUUUUGAAUGUUACAAAUCCAGAUGCACCAAGAUCAAAAAUAUGCGCAACUUUUACUGCGAACGCUACUGCCCCAGGAUCUCGACAACUGCCAACAACAUCUACAUACAGUACGAGAACAACGUGUACACGGGUCAGUGUGGGCAGGUCACGGCUCACAACAGGGCACAAGGCAACGAACCGGGCAGCUCGGUCCAGCCGACUACGGUCUGGAGUGACAAGGGCAGUGGCGAGGUGUUCCUGGCCUCCUGUCACACCGUCACUCGGCAUCGAGACAAUCGACUCAGUGCAACCGAUUGCAUCAAUGGCACCAUUUUGAAUGCAACUCUGGUGCCUGAUAAGUUUAUGAACUUCACAAUAUAUCGCAACCUGGUAGACAAUACUACAAAGGUGGUGGAUGAACAACAACAAUUCUUGCCCAUGCAACACCUCCUUACUAUUUACAACUACUCCAGACUGUAUAUCAACCUGGAGGGCUGCGUGAACACGCUGCGGGGCGAGUGCAGGCAGUUCCUCAACACCCACGGCAAUGAUGGGGACAACUUCACUGCUCAGAGUCGGUUUCCCUGCUACUAUAACAAGAAUGACUCAUUUCUGGUUGUUGCCAGAUUUGAUUUGAACAAAACGUGGCGGGAGUUGCUGAUUGCCGUCAUUGUGCCAAGCACUCUGUUUGUUGUGUCAUUUGUGGCACUUGUGGUGAUAGCUCACUCCGUCAAGGUGGGUGACGAUGCCAAGAUGCGCUGUCAGCUGUGUGCUCAUGCACAGGAUCCUGCUACAGUCGAGGAGCUCUCCAUGGAUGGCGUGUUACAUCAAGCAGACAGUCUAGCUGCCCUCGAGCAACAAGCCCAUCUCACUGCGUAGCACUGCCACCCAAGAUAAUCACACAUACUUUUGGAAUUUUUUGAACUCGAAUGAUCUUUACAGUGCAUUUCCCUAUUUCUUUACAAUAAUUAUUCAAAGAAUUUUCAAAAAUGUAAUCUUAAUAACAAUGUGUCAAUUACUGUAUGCAAAAGCAGCAGCAUUCUAACACUUAGCAGCAGAUACAUCCAUAUGUUGUGAGAUAAUAUACAAUAAUUUAAAAUACAUUUUGGCUCUUUGUGUGAAAUUGGUAGGCUAUUGAUAUUUGUAUAGCCAAUUUGUCAUUUGUAUUGUAAAUUGAGUGAUUCAAACACUGGAGAUAUCAAAUACGGUGUCACUGGCAUCAUCAUUUACUUAUUUUGCAACACAUUAUCAAUUUUUUAUCUAGAUAUAUAUCUUGCAAGAACAAUAUAUGCUCUCUAGUAUAACAUUAUGAAUGGCUAGAGAAAGCAAAAUUGAACUAGGGAAUAAGGGAUGGAUCAGUGAAGUAGAUUAGAUAUAUACAGCUUAGAGCAUGAUGACAAUUGACUUAUGCAGGAUCUGUCAGUCCAAUCUUGAUAACUCAAACCUGAAGAAACAGUGAAGUUCGAGAUAUAGAAAAUCUCAAGUAAAUAAUUUUCAAAUUACCAAGGGUGAAAAGCGGUAACUUUGAGUUAGAUAGAGCCAAGAAGGUACUGAACAUGUCUAAAAUGUGUUGCUAUGCUAAAAGAAUUUACACAACAAUCCCUGUGAAACCCUCCGGGGAGGGUUCAGUAUUGGUUUGUUUAUACCAUCCUUCCAUCUGCACUGUAUACAACAAAUACUGAUGAGUCACUUAAAUUUGGGCAAUCAUAUGAAUGUUUAGUAGCGGCACAUCGCUAACCUCAAAUAUUGGGAUUCUGGGGUAAAGGGGUUGAUCAAUAGGUCAGCUAACUGUGUAGGAUGACUGUUAGCUGUAAGGGAGGAUGGGGCUCCCUUAGUGUUAAAGGCUAAACAAGAAGAGUGAAUACUGUCCACUAUCUGCUUUGACUAGAAGAGGCUGCAUCACAGUAGAGUUGAUGGAAACUUUGACUUAACAGAUCUGCAUAGCUAGACCUUCCAAGUUAUAGACUGUAGUAGUACAUUUACUACUUCAAACAAUGGAGACUUCGAUUUAUGAAGAUGUUUAUAAGACAAUAUUCAAUUUGUAAUGGGUAAAUCAACAUUAACUAUUAUGAGAAGGUCUCCUUAUCAGAGAUUUCGAGUUAUCAAGAGUCGACUUAUUAAGAUUUAACCUAUAACUUAGACUACUGGAACAAAAAGUUAACCAAACCCAAUUUCCAUUUUCAACUCUUAACAAUUUCCACAUACAAUCCUUUAGAGACACGUACAAGUUUCGACCACUCAGUCAUUACUUUGACACUUAAUACAAGUCUGAGUUUAUUGGUAUGAAUAUUAAAAUUAAGUAUUUUAUUAACAGAUGCUAUUAAUAUAAUAUAAUAUUAAUAUAAUGUUGUUGUUCUGAAAUGCAAUUCCAUUCCGCAUACUUUAUAAAGUUCCAACAAAUGUGUAUUUAAACUUUUAUCAAUUACAAACAAACUAACACAUUCUCUAACAAUGUAUUUGCGUAUUAAUGAUUAGAAGCUUUUUUACAAAAAAUGAAAUGUACACAUUUUUCAUAUUUGGUUCAUAAAUUUGUAUUUACUUUAAAUUCAAUUAAAUUAAAACGUUUUUACUUUAAAAAAGAGGUGACAAAAAAGAAAUUUUCGUUUUAUCUGUAUCAACUAAAAAAUAAAAUGUAAUGUCAUUUUGAAAAUAAAAAUAAUGUUAAGGUUUGAAAAAAAGUUAGCAGGUUAAAAUCAUAUGUAUCACAUAUGUGAUACAUCACAUAUUAUGUUAAGCUCAUAUGUAUCACACAAUAUAAGAGCUUAACAAAUAACUAAAUGUUUCAAUUGAUAACAUCAGUUGUAACAUCACAUCUUAGGUAAGACGCCCAUUCAAAUAAUGUAAGGCAAACAUAUAAUAAACAAAAAACUUAUAUGUAAGUUUAUUUCAAUCGAGCAGUUUCAGUGUGCUUGUUUAUUGUAUACUUAUCAAUUAAUUAUAAUCUAAUGCUGCUUUGAGUCAAUUUAUACAUAACUCUUGUACAGUAUAGGACAAUUGUGUGACAUCAGAAACUCACUAUUUUAGUGACCUCAGUAAGAAGAACUUACCAAUGGAACCAAUAAAAUCUGCGCUUGCAACAAUGUUUUAAUUGUAUGUUUGUAAUGUAAUACUAGUGUCUUAUCUCGGGCCCACUUGCACUCUGUUGUGUCAUGCACAAUCAUAUACCAAUGUUGCUAAUGCAAAUACUGUAUCAGUGUUCACCUUUCCUCAGUGUUUCUUUACUUCAAUCUGGUUUUGUGGCAGUUUUAACAAUGUGCAAGACAUUAAAUAAGAUAAUUUCAGUAUAAUUUUAAUGCAGUAUUACGCUAUAUUGUUGUAUUGUUUGCAAAACAUUUUAAACAUUAAAAAUCAAGUGUAGAAUAUUAACAGGCUUUUGAAAAUUAUUCUUGUAAUUCAAUAAAAAUUGACAGCUAAUUAAUAAAUGGAGUAUAAUAAUAUACACUAUAAUUAUAUAUGUUUCACAUUUUAUAAAAUAGACAACCAUUUACUUCAAACACUACUUUAAAACUAAAAUAAAAUUCUCUAUUUUUAAAAUCGCGAACAUAAAAUUAGAAACUAAUAUAUUAUUAUUACAAAAUACCACAAAGCUAGGAUAAGAGAAGUAUUUUUGUAAAUGUUUAAUAACGAAUUUAAGAUUUAUCAGGCCUUUACCUUUGCAUUUACUGAUUAAUACUAAAUAUUUUUGUACAAUAUGCAAUAAAAUCCUUUACGAAUAAUAACAUUGUUCAUAACAUGUGUUUUAAGUGAAUAUUUAUACCAUUUAUCGAAGUCCAAGCAAAUCUUAUACUAUUUGCACAAAUUGAUAUUUUUUUAUUCUUGUGUAUAGAGAUUAUUUAUGCUACUGUAAUAUACUGUUGUUUGCUCUUGCGAUAUAUACUGUAUAUUAUGUGUUUUUGAGAUGUAUUGGAUGUUUGUAUAUAACAAACAAUUUAAUAAAAUUAUACCUAAUAAUAAAAAAUGAUUGGUCAUUUUA